CCCCCCCCAUGAGCCGCCGGCGCCGCUACGGGGACGGGAUCGAGGCCAAGAGGCGGCGCCGGGACGGCAGCCCUGGGGCAGUGGAGGCUGCCCUGGGGGCCCUGGGGGCCCUGUUCCCCAUAGGGCUCUUUGGGGACCUCCUGCCCCCCCUGGUCCUGCGCCAUCAGCUCUACAGCAUCGUCAGCGACCGCACGGCCGUCGACCGGCACCUGGACCGGCUCCGGGCUGACGGGCGCAUCCGGUUGCUCCAUGUGGGGCUGGGCUCGGAUACGCUGGGGGUCGUGUGCGUGGAUGCCUAUAGGGAGAAGGUGCUGGCGGGGGCAGCGGGGUCCCCCCGGGCCCCCCUGAUCCGGAGGUUCCUGGAUGGGGCCGUGGCCGCGAGCCCGGCGCUGGGGUACGAGGAGAGGGAGCUGAAGGAGUGGGGCUUCGGAGACCGGGACAUCACGCAGUUGGUGGCCGCAGGGCUCCUCACUCUCCGGGAUGCUGGGAGCUGGUGGCUGUCGGUGCCGGGACUGGGCCGCUUCAUCCGCGCCAUCCUUAGGGGCCGUGGGGCCAUCCUCUCCCGCCUGCGCCGGGCCCGGCACCGGGAGCUGUUGCUGGAGGAGCUGCAGGAGCGCAGGGCCCCCCCCGGCGCCGCCAUCGGCCUCAGCUUCAUCCUGCACGACCUCCUGGGGGCACAGCUGGUGCUCAGUGUCCCCACCACCUCCGGCCCGAUGCUGCGAUUGGCUGAGCCCUGAGCGGCCCCUUCCCAUCAUGCCACGGGGCCCACCGGACCAAAAGGGGGCGUGGCCUCCGCGGAGGGG